GAUAACAAGCAGGGCACACACACACACGCACACACACCAGCUGAUGAAACCACAGCGUCAAGUCAGUGUCACAUUUCCUUUGUACAUCAUGCUGCUUCUGUAAGCAUUCAUGUGACUGUCAGUCAGUCUGAUGUGUCUUCGGUACAGCCGGCCUGCAGCCCAGCUUGUAGGAUGAGGGCCCAGUGGUGGAGCUGCAUGUUAGGGUUACUCUGCAUCCCGGCGGGAGUGAUACUCGGGACCGGAACAGUUUCUCAACACCCCAUGUCCAUCUCUUUCACGAGAGUAAACUCGUCUGCUGAGAUCACAUGCUCCACACCGACGCCUGGUGCCAUAGGAUUCUCUCUGCACAGGUACUUCAAAGGUAACAAGCAGAUAGCUUACCUGAACCUGGAAAAUGGAGUCGACACAAAGAGAACCAUAGCUCCAGAAUUUAAAAGCAGACUUCGUGUAGUUCCUACCCCGCAGAUCAGGGAGGGCCACGGGUUCUCCUUGCAGAUCUCUCUGCUGGGCCUGGAGGACACAGACAUGUAUUACUGCAGCUGGAGCUACCUACCUUCGAAGACUCCCGAACCACCACACCAGUCAGGCAAAGGCACCAUCAUCAUCAUCAGAGAAAGAGAUCCUGGGAAACAGUGCAAGCAGCCCAUCCUGGAUUACAUCUUCAUCGUCCUGAGCGUGGCAGCAUUCGCCAUCAUGUUGUCAUUCGUCAUUGGAGUAGCCAUUGUGAAAUGCAACCGAUUCAAAGGAGAAUUUAGACCUGACAGACAUGAAGCAACAAACAGACCCACCAGGCCAGACGUCCCUCCUCAGCCUGUAGAACCAUGUCCCUACCUGACUACAUCUAGAACAUCCUACCAGAGGGGCGUUCUGCAGCCAUGAGAGCUGAAGAUGGUGAUGAGAUGAAGAGUAUUGAGAAAUGCUCACGCUGACUGCACAGUAAACUCUUCACUCAGGGAGUUUGAGAUACAUCUUUUGAGUCAGUAGCUCUCCUCUGGUCGUCAGCCCAGGAGAGGUGUCUCUUUCUUAGCUCUGCUCUUCAUUUCCUCUCUUGUACAAAUGUAUGUUUUGUUUAAGGCGAUCGAGCUACCCACAUCCUGGCUGAUGCGGGGUGAACAUGAAAGAUGCUUUUUAUGGUGAUAGCAGUUAAAAUUGCAGAGCAAGCACCGUUGUUGUUCCGAGAGUAACGUGGACCCUUCUGUGCUUAUUCUUCACCUUUUCUGUGCAUCAUAUAAGAUUCUGUUUUUUUGAAUUAACCUGAUUUUAGAUGAACAUUAAAUCUGUACAUUUUAAAUGUGUCUGUAAGUCUUCAGACACUUUUCAAGUCACCACUGAAUUCAUUUUCUAGAUGAGGAAGUGAAACUUCAGUUUGCUGUCAUGUUUUGUAUUCGAGUCUAGCUCAAACAUAAGACUGUGAAAGAUUUGUUUCUUAAAAAUGUUUACUUUCAUAUUUUCUACAUGCAUUACAUGUAAAGUGGAAUAUUUCAAGACUGUUUAAAUGUUGAUGAUUAUGUUUUAAAGAGGCAUUAAAAGAAAGUACCAACUUC